UGCGUAAGAGCCACAAUGGCGUCAGUUGCUCUUCGCUCCGCGUGCAAACAGGCGUUGUGGGGACAAGGGCGGAAUUGCGGCGGUUUCCGGAUCCCCUGGACUGGCCUGGAAGAAACUGAGAGUGGGAAGGAGAGGAGAAAAGUACAUUAUUUGUGUUCGUUCAAACGUUUACUCCGAGAGUUUUGGCAAGUAGCUGCAGGCAUGUCACAGUCGGGAGAAAAAGGCAAGUUUCCUGAGGCUGCAGGGUAUGUUGGCUUUGCCAACCUUCCCAACCAGGUGCAUAGGAAGUCUGUGAAGAAGGGCUUUGAGUUUACUCUGAUGGUAGUAGGAGAGUCUGGACUGGGUAAAUCCACCCUCAUCAACAGCUUGUUUCUCACUGACCUCUACCCUGAGCGCUACAUACCUGGAGCAGCAGAGAAGAUUGAACGUACGGUGCAGAUUGAGGCAUCGACAGUGGAGAUCGAGGAGAGAGGCGUUAAGCUCCGCCUCACAGUGGUGGACACGCCUGGAUAUGGAGAUGCCAUCAACAGUCAAGACUGCUUUAAGACUAUCAUCCAGUACAUUGAUAAUCAAUUUGAGCGCUACUUGCAUGAUGAGAGUGGCCUGAACCGCAGACACAUCAUUGACAACAGAGUUCACUGCUGCUUCUACUUCAUAUCUCCUUUUGGACAUGGACUGAAGCCCCUGGAUGUGGAGUUCAUGAAAGCCAUCCACAGCAAAGUGAAUAUCGUGCCCGUCAUCGCCAAAGCCGACACUUUAACACUGCGAGAGAGGGACCGCCUCAAGCGGCGGAUCCUGGAUGAGAUCAAUGAGCACGGCAUCCGCAUCUACCAGCUCCCCGAUGCUGACUCGGAUGAAGAUGAAGAGUUCAAAGAGCAGACUCGUGUGCUGAAGGCUAGCAUUCCGUUUGCAGUGAUAGGCUCCAACCAGCUGAUUGAAGUGAAGGGGAAGAAGAUUCGAGGGCGCCUGUACCCCUGGGGUGUGGUGGAGGUGGAGAACCCUGAACACAAUGACUUCCUCAAACUGCGCACCAUGCUGGUAACCCACAUGCAGGACCUGCAGGAAGUAACUCAGGACCUACACUAUGAGAACUUCCGCUCAGAGAGACUGAAGCGAGCUGGCAGAACGGUUGAGGAUGAAGUACUGGACAAAGAUCAGAUCUUGCUGGAGAAGGAGGCCGAGCUGAGACGUAUGCAGCAGAUGAUAGCUCACAUGCAGGCUCAGAUGAGGAUGAAGCCUGGAGAUGACUGAGGAAGAUGAUGCGUCUGUCUCUGUCUGUCUGUCUCUGUCUGUCUGUCUCUGUCUGUCUGUCUCUGUCUCUGUUGUACCUGGAGCUCCAGUCUGGAGCUCAGUCACUGCGGUCCCUCGCUCUCUUUACUUUAAUGAUGGGUUAUACUUUCCCCACGUAAAAAGCACAUCAGCAGUAUCGGAUUUGGUCUUGUCAACUAGUUGACCAGGUUGGCUUGGACACUUUCAUCAGCCCAUUGUGCAAGAAACACAUUCCAUACUUCUGUCGAAUGUGGUCAAGAUCCUUCCCUGACCGCCUCCGAAUGUGGUUUGAGUGAUCCGAUUGAUAUCUGAUCAGAGUGCAUCCUGUGGCUUUUCAUGUGGCCAUGUGAACCCCGAAUGUGAUCAGAUUGCCAAAAACGCAUGUUGAUGCAAGGUGUAAACAGGCUAAACCAUUAUUUUGAUAUUUUUUUUUAUUCAUGAUAUCUAUCAGUAUACUCCAUUUUGUGGGAUUCUUGUGUUUGUCAAUCAUGUCAGGGUGCAAGGAACAAUUUUAUAUUGCAGAUGAUAUAUCAUGGCAUAUGACUGUUAUUUUCAUGGACCUGGGAUACAUAUCAGUAAAAUGUUGAGUAGUUUGCAGGUGUUGGCUGCGGUCACACUGCCUUGCUUUCUGUGCUCAUUCUAAGCAGCUCAUGCCGUACCAGUCACCUCCAGUUCCUAAUCUCUUAUGUCCCGGUGGUGCCUGUUUGACGGAUGGUGUUUGAUGGGCGCUGAGAAGUUAUAUUGUCUGGCCUCUUUCUCAGUAGGCGACUCUGUACUCAAAGAGGGAAUUUACAUGUUUACCGUCAGACGACAAAAGGAUACAGGUUUAACAGCCUGCUUCGGAGACUUUAUUAAUGUGUGUAUGUACCUGCUCCCCUAGUGAAAUACAAUCAUGUGCAUUCUGUACUUAAUUCUGUAUGUAUGAGAUGAUACCCUGCAAGAAAAGAAGGCGUAGAUAGGUUAACAGUUAUAGUCACUUACCAAGGAAAAAAUAACCAGCUAUGUUUUAGACACACAUCAUAUGUUCAAAAGUUUUUAGACACCUGCUCAAGUAAAGUUGCCCAAGUAAAGCUUCUCCUGAAAUCACAAUCAUUUCCCUCCACUUUGCUGCAGUAGCGGCCUUUACCUUUCUUGGAAGGCUUUACAAUAGAUGUGGGAAUAUUGCUUUGCAGAUUUGAUAGCUUUCAGACAAAAGAGCUUUGAAGUCAGGUACUAAUAUUGUUUGAGUGGUUCUGAACCGGAAACACCACUCCAACUCACCCACAACGUGUUGAAACACUGUUCCACUGCUCCACAGUCCAGUGCUAUAACCCUCUUAGCUGACGCAUGACCUUAGGCUCAUGUGUGGCUGCUCAAGAGUGUCCUGUUCUGUUAGCACUGCUUUUCUAUGCGUUAUACAAGCUGAACACGAUUGUCAGCCGAAGGUGCACCUGAAAGUAGCUGAAUUCACUCAUUAGAAUGGGUGUCUGGAUACUUCUGGACAUAGUGUACUUAUGAUGUUGCUUAAAAUUCUUGGACCAUGCAGCUAAAGGUCUGUAAUGUGCAGUGACAGCCAGUAGGGGGCAAUAGUCUCACUUAAAUUCAGGACAGAAAACGAAAGUUUUAGGUAACACUUGAACGGUGUGUACAUAACACAUCUUACAUAAAUGCAUCAUAACAUGUUAAUGAACGUUUCAAUCAACAUUUAUAAAGUGUACAUGUUUUACAUAAUAUUAUGAAUGAGAUCAUUUUACUGGGAUACAUUUUUUUUCAAAAUGAAAGUAAAAUGCCUCAUUUUGGACAACCAAAAUAAACACGACCUCACUUUACCCCCUUUGUUCGUUAAGUGCUUUGACACUCAAACGUUUGAUGCUUUGCAUGUCGCUUUACUACAUGGACAGUCAUUUACUCUUAAAUAUGCUUAGGAACAGUCAUUCAGCUGAAUCUUAGUGUGAUGGUGUGCCUCAGCGUCAAAGCCGUGAAUUACCAAAGGGGUAAAGCAAGGUCGUUUUUAUUUUAACUGUGCAGAAAUGAGGAGUUUUGCUGAAAACAAUAGUUUUUUUGGAAAAUGAUCAUUUUAACAUUCAUAAACCUGUUAUGAAGUAUUUGUUUGAGGAUUUUAUGAACAUGUUAUUUUGACACCCUUCAAGUAAAGUGUUCUGGAUUUUUUCCCAUGGAAACUGUUCAGCCUUGUUGAAAUCCAGCCUUAUUUUGCAUGAACAUGCGAUUCAGAACGAUUUUAAAGCCAUAUGUCAAUAUGGUGGAUAGGAUGGAGUCUAAGUGACUGCAGCCUUUGGGUAUUUAUUGGAGACUGAAUGUAUCAUGGCUGUGGUAUUUUUGAUGACGUAACACUUCAGGUGAUGAAAUCGAAUGCAAAUGUUUGUGCUAACUGUAGAACGGUGUGAACAAAAGUGCCGGUGUGCUGUUACACACCCCUUCAUUCUUGAAGUCGUUCUCCGUGCCUUAAACAAAGAAACACUAGUGUCUGUUCACUGUUUGUCCUUGUAUUUCUUCCUUUUGUGCAUGGCGUUUGAUAUUUUCUCACUAUUGUGGUUUUUUUUUUUUUUUUUUUUUGCCUUAAUAUUCUACUGUAAUCUGCCUCUGCUGCAGCAGCAGUGCCUAAUUUAACUCUUACUUAGCAGCUUGUGGUUGUUGGUUUAGGUUAUUUGCUUCUUUCCUUUCUCCUGGGUAUUAGAAGUUAGAUAGAGGUGUCAGAUGAAUAAGCACAUGCUUCCACAUCCAUGUUUGCCUGUUUUGGUACAACAUCCUCCACCCUACGUCACUGAACUCAUUAGCCGUAUAUAAACACACUGAUUUUGUUUCUUAAUGUUGCGGCCCAGCCUUAUUUUGGUUCGGCCAGCUCCUGUUUUCAGAAUAACUUUAGUAUUUUUGUUUUGCAUGUCCACGGUACAAUAGGGCUCACUACUCCUGUUUUUAAAAUACUUUUUUUGUACUUAUUCUAAGAAAUAAAUCUAAACGUUCUCUUAA